AUGAGGCAAAGGAUAUGGCUUGAGGUGCUAACCGAUUAUACCCCAGAGAUUCUAUAUCGCGAAGGAAAACGAACAAGGAAGUUGAACUUGGAAGUGAUGGAGUAUGGGCAAGCGAACGCUCAGUUGAAUACAAUGUCAGUCAAACCUACCAUAUAUGAUGAGAUUCGUGAGAAGCAAAUGUCGGAUGAGUGGUUGACCAAGGUAAGGAAGAUGAAAGAAGAAGGAGCAACAACUGAGUUUGACAUUAAUAAUAGUGGGACACUGAAAUACAAAGGGAUAUGGUGUAUUCAUAAGGAUAAAGAUCUCAAAAGGAAGAUUUUAGAAGAAGCUCACAACACUCCGUACUCUGUACACCCGGGAGGAUAUAAGAUCUAUAAUGAUCUUAAGCAACAUUUUGGUGGCCGAACAUGA